CUUGUCAGAUUCUUCUAUCUCCUGCUUUCGUUCCCUGUCUCUUUCAGUCACUGUUUUCUUCGUUUUCUUUUUGCAGGCCAUGGACGACGCUCUCCUCCUCCGUUGCUCGCCUCUCCUCCCUCCAGCCGUCUCCCUCACCUACACGGCGCCGACGACGUCGUUCGCCGGCCCCUUCAACCUCGAGGUCCUCUGCGGCUCCGAUAUCGUCGCCUCCUUCCACAGCUUCCGGAUCUGACGGGGUUCGACCCUCGCCAGAUCCGGGGCGGGCGACCCUCGCCCUGGCUGCGAGAGUCGACCUCUCGCCGGAUUUGGCGAGGGCGACCCUGGCCGGCCAUAGGCCAAAGGGAAAGAAAGGAAAAAGAAGAGGACGAACCGGUGAAGAAGACGAGAAACGGGGAAAGAAGAGGGAGGGUAACGAAGGAGAGAGAAAACAGAUCCCGACACUUCUCCCUCCGAGAUGGCCUCCACCGCGACCCAUUCCGGAUCCGAGACCCAAGACGGAUCCGGCUCUCGCGGGUCCGGCCUUGGUACGGGAGCGGCUCCGGCGAGAAGGCGGUCCGCGAAGUCGAGCAGUCGAAUUUCGGGGGAAAGUGGAAUCGGUAUUUCCCAAAUGGUGGGGGCCCAGGUGAGGCCGCAGUGGCGUACUCUUUCUUGUUUUUUUUUGCGGCGUACUUCAUCGUGGACCAAAAAAAAGGUAGGAUUUGGUGACGUGUGUAUUGAUGCUCUGUGUCCAAAUCAAAGGCCGCAUUCCUGCUCUUUAUGAUGCCUUUCUAAAACCCGAAAAGGGACAACGGGGACAGCAUUGAGCUCCUCCUCCUCCUCCUCCUCCUCCUCCUCCUCCUCCUUCGCUGAAUCAACGGUGGCUGCUCGAAUUCCCUCUGUUCCGAUCAAAGUUUCCAUCUUUUGUGCACGGCUUGAUUCCGGUGAGCGCGAGAGAUGGGUGGCUCGAUGACAUUGCUUCUAUUGCUUCUCGCGAUGAUAGGAUUGGCAGGGGCUCGAGUGCGCGUCUACAACUGGGACGUGAGGCGCGAGCUGAAAUCGCCGAGCUCAUACAAGAAGCAGGUCGUCACCAUCAACAGAGAGUCCCCGGGCCCGACCAUCCAGGCGGGACGGGGAGACAGAGUUUUCGUCAGCGUCAUCAACAGGUUGGAGGAGAAUCUCGCCAUCCAUUGGGACGGAACCCGACAGAUUAAAAGUCUAGGGAGCGAUGGAACAGAGGCCAUCAAUCAAAGGCCAAUUUUUCCUGGAGAAAAUUUCACCUAUCGUUUCAUUGCCGAUCGGCUUGGAAAAUCUCCGUACUACUCCUAUUACAGAAGUCAAACAGUGGAUGGACUGCAUGGGUUUAUCGAUGUUUUGCCGCCAUACAGCAUGACCGAGCCAUCCGCUUGCGAUUAUGGCAAGAGCAUCAUCCUUGACGACCAGUACUACAAAAGCUAUUACGAUUGCGCGGCGGAGCCUGAGUCCCUGCUGAUUCCCAGGAAGGGAAAGUUUGAUUAUGCCGAAUCGACCGCUCCAAGCUCACAUCCAACAGCUUGUGAUGGGAUCAAUCCUGAAUAUCUGCACUGGAGGGUCCUCCCUGGUAAAACUUAUCGCCUCAAUAUUUCAAGUGUGACUGCUCAAUCUGCUCUCAGCUUUAGGAUUGAGGAUCACAACCUUACCGUUGUUGAAGCAGACGGGCACUAUAUAGUGCCAAGCUUGAUUGUCUACUCGGGCAAGACAUACUCUGUCAAGAUCAAAGCCGAUCAAGAUCCGUCGAGAAAUUACUCGAUCACGACCAACAUUGUUGGCCAGAACGCCAGUGCCACAACCCCUCUCGGUCUGGCUGUGCUCAGUUACUCCCCACCUGCUGGCCCGAUUCAGAAUGACGUCACACCAUAGUUAGUUCAGAGCCUAGGCAGGAAAGGCCGCCGCAUGACAAGACUAAUCUCUUAGCUAGAGAGGCUGUUUCGAUCUCUUGUUUUAAAAAUGGGGUUAUGUUUUCCUAGAGAAUAUUUAUUAUCUUUUGAGCAAAAGUUUGCACUUUUUCUUGGAUCUUUGAAAAGUAUGAUUAUUUUUCGCCAGAGAAUAUAAAUCAUAUUUUUGUUUUGUUUAUUAGCUUCUUAACGAAUUACUGGGGAACAUGCUGGUUAGUGUCUUAUUCGGUUGAA